AUGUCCCACCCUAGAAACCCCUCGAAAACCGAACUUCCCACCCGAGAGAAAGAGCCCAAGACUAAAGCCGGACAGAAGAUGGAGGCAAAGGGUGCUCCCGAAAAGCCGAUUGGCAAAGCGGAAGCGAAACUUCCUCAGAAAUCAGGUGGAAAGAAAAAGAAGAUGGAGGGAGCUGCUUUGAUUGGCAUUGAUGUGUCCAAAGACGUCGACUUCUCGGAGUGGUAUCAGCAGGUCUUGCUGAAGGGAGACAUGCUUGACUACUACGAUAUUUCCGGCUGCUACAUCCUCAAGCCUGCAUCGCAAUUCAUUUGGGAUGAAGUCAGAGCCUGGUUUGACGCAAGGAUUAAGAAGAUGGGUGUCAAAAACUGCUCGUUUCCUCUGUUCGUCUCCGAAGACGUGUUGAAUCGUGAGAAGGCUCAUAUCGACGGGUUCGCAGCCGAGGUGGCGUGGGUGACGCACGGAGGCAGUACCAAGUUGGAGAAGAAGAUCGCCAUUCGCCCUACUUCCGAGACUGUCAUGUAUCCUUACUACGCCAAAUGGAUCCAGAGUUACCGUGACUUGCCUCUCAAACUCAACCAAUGGAACUCUGUUGUCCGAUGGGAGUUCAAGCACCCGCAGCCAUUUCUGCGCACUCGGGAGUUUCAUUGGCAGGAAGGCCAUACGGCGCAUCUGACCGAACAGGAGGCGGGCAAGGAGGUCCUGGAGAUUCUCGACCUGUAUGCCCAGAUCUAUGAAGAGCUCUUGGCUGUCCCCGUUAUCAAAGGGAGGAAGACGGACAAAGAAAAGUUCGCGGGUGGAUUGUACACCACCACUGUCGAAGGAUACAUUCCUGCUACGGGCCGUGGGAUUCAGGGAGGUACCUCGCACUGCUUGGGACAAAACUUCAGCAAAAUGUUUGGCAUCACGGUACAAGACCCCAACGCAAAGACUGAGGAAGAGAAGAAGAACCAGCUGUACGUCUGGCAGAAUUCUUGGGGACUGUCGACUCGAGUCAUUGGUGUAAUGGUCAUGAUCCACGGUGAUGACCGAGGCCUGGUAAUGCCGCCUCGCGUCGUCGAAGUCCAGGUCGUCAUUGUGCCGGUCGGAGUGACAGCCAAAACCACGGAGGAGGAGAGAGAAGCAUUGUACAAAGAAAUCGAAGGACUGGUGGAGGUCCUCAGAGCCGUCAAUGUCCGAGUGGAAGCGGAUUUCCGAGAGGGAUAUUCUCCGGGAUGGAAGUUCAAUGACUGGGAAUUGAAAGGCGUUCCCCUUCGUUUGGAGUUCGGGCCUGGAGAGAGCAAGGGCCACUACGUCACCGCGUCUCGACGAGACCUUCCGAAAGCUGAGAGCAAGAGUCAGAUUGCCAUCAGUGAACUCAACGCUGCCGUCCCGGAGCUGCUGGAUACCAUUCAGAAGGACCUGUACGAGCGCGCAGACGCCAAAUACAAGUCGCACAUCAAGAAAGUGACCAAUUGGGAUGACUUUGUUCCGGCCCUGAACGACAAGAAUGUCAUCCUUUUGCCCCAUUGCCUGACAGAGGCAUGCGAGGACCAGAUCAAAGAGAACAGUGCUCGUAAGGCGGAAGAACAGAGCGGCGUCCCUCAAGACGAACGAGCUCCAAGCAUGGGCGCGAAGAGUCUUUGCAUUCCAUUCGAUCAACCAGAAGGCAUCGAGAAGGGAGUGACCAAGUGCGGAAAUCCAAAUUGCUCAAACCUAGCUGAGGCAUGGUGCAUGUUCGGCCGGUCAUAUUAG